AUUGUUUUAAUCAAUAAUAACUAACUCACCCCCAAACCCAACUCUAUCCACUCCAUCGAAGAGACGGAGGCGGCGCGAGAUCUACUCUUCGAGCACCGACGGAACGACGCUUCUCUUUCCUUUCGUAUUCCACCGCUCGAUCGACAGACGCAAUGACGACUCAGGGUCAGGUCAUCACCUGCAAAGCUGCGGUAGCGUGGGAGGCGAACAAGCCUCUUGUCAUACAAGACGUGCAGGUAGCACCACCGCAAGCUGGUGAAGUCCGAGUCAAGAUUCUCUUCGCCGCUCUUUGCCACACGGACGCUUAUACUUUGAGCGGCAAGGAUCCUGAAGGCCUUUUCCCUUGUAUUCUUGGUCACGAGGCUGCAGGUAUUGUUGAGAGUGUUGGAGAAGGGGUAACUGAAGUUCAGCCUGGAGAUCAUGUCAUACCUUGUUACCAAGCAGAAUGCAGAGAGUGCAAGUUUUGCAAAUCAGGAAAAACCAACCUAUGUGGUAAAGUUCGUUCAGCAACUGGUGUUGGUGUCAUGUUGAAUGAUCGGGGAAGUCGUUUCUCUAUCGAUGGAAAGCCAAUUUACCAUUUCAUGGGGACAUCAACUUUCAGUCAGUAUACUGUUGUACAUGAUGUUAGUGUUGCUAAAAUUCAUCCACAGGCCCCUCUUGAAAAAGUCUGCUUGCUUGGUUGUGGUGUUCCUACUGGUCUUGGAGCUGUAUGGAAUACUGCAAAGGUGGAAUCAGGUUCAAUUGUUGCAAUUUUUGGCCUUGGCACUGUUGGUCUUGCUGUUGCUGAAGGUGCAAAGACAGCAGGUGCUUCACGAAUCAUUGGUGUUGAUAUCGACAACAAAAAGUUUGAUAUUGCAAAGAAUUUUGGAGUCACAGAAUUUGUGAACCCAAAAGACCACGAUAAACCAAUACAGCAAGUCAUCGUUGACCUUACUGAUGGUGGUGUUGAUUAUAGUUUUGAGUGCAUUGGUAAUGUCUCUAUCAUGAGAGCUGCCCUUGAAUGCUGUCACAAAGGUUGGGGCACAUCAGUUAUUGUAGGUGUUGCAGCUUCUGGUCAGGAGAUAAGCACUAGGCCUUUCCAGCUCGUGACUGGACGUGUCUGGAAGGGAACUGCUUUUGGUGGCUUCAAAAGUCGUUCUCAAGUUCCUUGGCUCGUUGAGAAGUACAUGAAUAAGGAAAUCAAGGUGGAUGAAUAUAUUACACACAAUAUGACACUGGAGGAGAUCAACGAGGGCUUUGAUCUCUUGCACGAAGGUGGCUGCCUGCGUUGUGUGCUCUCUUUGCAUGCAUAACUCUCCACUCUGCGUUUAUCUGGUAGAAGAAAAUGAGUGUAUUGCAUCUUUCAAUAUAUUUUCUUCCUUUCUCUCCCUUUUCAUCUUUCAAGCACUGAAGAGUUAGUGACCAUGACCAUAAACCUGUGACUGACUCUGUUGGCUUUAUCUUCUACUCAGAUUUCCACUGUUUUCGCUCUGUUAAUUGAAUAAUAAUCUGAAUGCUAUUAUGCACUUUUACUAUAGUUUUGAUCUUUAUGAUCCCACCUUGGUAUCUACUAAGCCAGUCACAAUUUAUUAGCAA